UACAUACUUGAUGCUAGAGAGCUUCCUAUCCUUAGUAUGUGAGAAGAUAAGGAUGCAGCUUAUGCACAGAAUGGUUGAGUAUGCAAGGAUUUGUGAGAACAAAUGGACUGGCAACAUAUGCCCCAAAAUCAUGGACAAACUGCAGAAGAAUGUGAAAUAUGCAAACAAUUGUUUUCCUCACAGAUCUGGGCAUGGAGUAUACGAAGUCAAGAGCAAAUCCUUCAGCUAUGAGGUCAACAUGCUGCAAAACAGUUGUGACUGCCGGAGAUGGCAACUAACAGGCAUUCCAUGUUCUCAUGCAGCUGCUUGCAUGAGAGAGGAGAGAAUAAAGCCCGAAACACGGAUAGCAGCUUGUUAUACAAGGGACAAGUAUAUGAAAACUUAUGGACACACUAUCUGGCCAGUUAGGGACAAAAGUUUUUAGGAAAAGACAAAUGGAAGGGAAGUGGGAGCACCAUUGUAUAAGAAGAAAGCUGGAAGGAAAGCAAAUAAAAGGAGAGAGCACCCAUCAGAGAAAGAACAAGGUACAAGGCUCAGCAAGCAUGGUGUGAAGAUGCACUGUAGCCAUUGCAGAGACCCUAACCACAAGAGGCCAGGUUGCCCUAUCCUACAUCCAGAACUGAAACUUCAACCACAAAGAAGAAACAAUGAAGAAGAUAUUGAUGAUCCUUCUAUUUUAGAGCAUAUUGUUCCUGAAGAGGGCAUUCCUGAGUUAAUUCCAACACAAUGCAGUGAAACUCUAGUUGACGAACUGCUAGUAGAAGAAAUCACUGAGUUGGAGAAUUUUCACAGUCGAAGGAAAGGUCCACUGCCUAGCAAUGCUUUCGUUGAAGAGCACAUAAAUAAUAUUCCUGCUCCAAGGGCAACAACAGCAACAAGGGGAGGGAUGGCCAUAGCAAGGGGAAGAGGAAAGGGGAGAGGAAGGGGAAGAGGAAGAGCAACUAGCUCUGCUACAAGUACUUCUAUACUUGAUGAUGUUGUGCCAACUACCAGAGGGAGAGCAAGAGCGAGAGGCACUACAAGGAGAGCAAGUACAAGCAGGGUCACAGGAAGUAUUUCUGUAGUUAAUGAUGCUAUAGGAGCAAGUGGUGCUGCUUCAAACAUGGUAGAUGAUGUCCCAAGAGCAAGCACAAGAAGACCAAGAAGUGGAGGAAGAGGAGAUGGUGCAGCCAGAGAGAGAGAGAGAGAAGUAUCAAACACGGAAGAUUGUACCACUUGCUCUUUGGGUCUCAUUAGUUAAUUUCCUGGUUUCUGUCAUGCUUAUGAAAAUUGGAGAUUUGGUUGUGAUACUUUCUGGAACUAUGAAGUUGUGAUGCGAACUUGGAACCUUUCACUUUUUUAGGGAAUGGAAUCUUUACUUUUGGAACUACG